UCUCAUCAUCUGCGCUCUAACUGCAGAUCCGAUGCGUUAGUUUAUGAAGCUAAAACAACUUUAAUUAUUCCAUAGACCAUUUAAAAAACAUCUCUACAAUUUUAAAAUACUUUACUCUGCAGUGCUGCCAAAAAUCACGAAUAUGACCCCGAGUUUGAAUAAAUGGUAGAGUGGUUUUGAUUUUUUUUUCUCAUAGAUACAAAGCAUUUGGCGCAUUUUUUGUGUUUUAAAAAGCACAUUUGCUCUAAUGAAAAUGCUGAUAGUUUGAAAACAAGCAAAUGAAGCCCUAUUUUUUAAUGUUUGCACCUCUUAGGUAUACCUUCCUCUACAACUUUGCAAAUUUUGGUGAAAAUGACAAGGAUUUUGAAUAAAGUGCAGCAUUUAUUGUACUUUUGUAGUUUGUUAUUGAAAUUUCACUUUUUUGAGAUUGGGUUUUUGUUAUGUUUUACGCCAUUUUUGUCUCGCCUGCAUAGCAGAGCGAGACUAUAGGCGCCGCUUUUCCGACGGCGGCGGCGGCGGCGUCAACAUCAAAUCUUGACCUAAGGUUAAGUUUUUGAAAUUACAUCAUAACUUAGAAAGUAUAUGGACCUAGUUCAUGAAACUUGGAUAUAAGCUUAAUCAAGUAUUACUGAAUAUCUUGCCCGAGUUUCAGGUCACAUGACCAAGGUCAAAGGUCAUUUAGGGUCAAUGAACUUAGACCAUGUUGGGAGAAUUAUUUUCAAAAUCUUAACCGAAGGUUAAGUUUUUGAAAUGACAUCAUAACUUGAAAAGUAUAUGGACCUAGUUCAUGAAACUUGGGCAUAAGGUUAAUCAAGUAUUAGUGAACAUCCUGCCUGAGUUUCAGGUCACGUGACCAAGGUCAAAGGUCAUUUAGGGUCAAUGAACUUUGGCUAAGUUGGGGGUAUUUGUUGAAUUACCAUCAUAACUUUGAAAAUUUAUGGAUCUAGUUCAUGAAACUUAGACAUUAGGUUAAUCAAGUACCACUGAAUAUCCUGUGCGAGUUUCAGGUCACAUGACCAUGGUCAAUGGUCAUUUAAGGUCAAUGAACUUUGGCCGUGUUGAGGAUAUUUGUUAAAUUACCAUCCUAACUCUGAAAGUUUAUGGAUCUAGUUCAUAAAACUUGGACAUAAGAGUAAUCAAGUAUCACUGAGCAUCCUGUACAAGUUUCAGGUCACAUGACCAUGGUCAAAGGUCAUUAAAGGUCAAUGAACUUUGGCCGUGUUAGGGGUAUCUGUUGAAUUACCAUCCUAACUCUGAAAGUUUAUGGAUCUAGUUCAUACAACUUGGGAUAUAAGAGUAAUCAAGUAUCACUGAACAUCCCCUGUGAGUUUCAGGUCACAAAACCAAGGUCAAAGGUCAGUUAAGGUCAAUAAACUUAGGCCAUGUUGGGGUAAUUGUUGAAUUGCCAUCAUAACUUUGAAAGUUUAUGGAUAGAGUGAAUGAAAUGUGGACAUGGGUGUAGUUGACAAGUCUUAAGUCACCGUUCAAAUGUCAUUUAUGGUCAAUGAACGUGGUAUUAUGUCAUUAUAUGAAUGGUGUUUUUGUGAAUUAUGAUUAUUUAAUAGUAGUUUUCAAAGUUAGCACUGCUGCUAUAUUAAAUCGCGUAAUGCAGGCGAGACUGCCAGAGGCGUUCCACUUGUUAAGAACUGACAGUGCUGUUAGACUUAAAAUUGCAAAAAAAUAGCACUAUAAAUAGAUUCUCCAUUCUAACGAUACACUUAUUAACUCUCUUGCGAAAUUUGAUGACUUUUUCAUGUAUUUUGACUGAGUAAUAGAGGUUUAAACUCAUUGUAGUGAUCUUGCGAGGUCUAAAAAUGCCAAUUUUUUUUUAAUGCGCAAUCCGUAAGAACAUUCAUGCGGGUGAACUUUGAAGCUCCAUAGCAAAAAAUCAAGCACAUGGACCUAUAUUAAUUUUUGCAUAUUUCAAAUAUUCAGGUUCUAAAGUAUCUAUGUGCAAAGUUUUGUGAAAAUGACAUGGAUUUCAUUUUAACUGUGGAACGUCCUUAAGAUAAAAUAAAAGAUAAAAUUUUGCUAUUUUUUUUUGCCAAAAAUGUAUGUGUUUAAAUGUAAGUGUUUAAACAAUGCAUAAUAGCAUUUAUGACAAAUUUGCAUAAAACACCUAGAAUUCAAGUCUAGACGGAGGGGUAUCACACAAAAUUUCGAGGAAAAAUAUCACUCCGCGGUUGACAUUGUGCGUGAAACGGUCGCUAUGGAACCUUCAACCAAAAAAUAUAGUUCCUAUUUACCAGCAAUGAAUUCAUAUUAAACUCAUUUCUAAAUGUUUGAACCUUCAACAUAUUUCUACAUCAAGUUAAUAAUAAUCUCUGGCUUUUAUCAUUACUCUUUCCAGCCCAAAUGUUACAAACAAAUCACUUUCACUUUUCACUGCUCGUGAACUUUUAACUUUACAAUAUCAAUGUACGCUGUACAUUAUGAAAUAAACGGAGUACUCCAACCUGAUACAUGUCACAAAAUCCUAAUACAAUAACCAUUCAUCACAUAUCUUGUCCUAAGUCUUAACGUAAAUACUCCAAGGACAUACCUUCAGGUGUGGGAUGAAUCCCGUUGAAAUUAAUGAAGGUUGGGAGUCAUAAUAAGCAAACUGCUAACCAUAAACUUUCUUGGCAAAACUGCUGCUGUGGUACAAAAAUGUGAUCUCGGCAAUUACAUGCUCGUAGUUUCUUUUACCAGUCGCCUAAACAAAUAUAACUGUGAUAGCUACGAUAUAGUAAAGUUUUAACUUGAGCAGAGUGAAGCAUCUAAAUAUUUGCAAUGAUACAAAUUUCGUCCAGAUUUCUCAUUCAUUUUUGUGCUAAGAUUUGUAAACAUUAGCUAAACAAUAUUAUUCAAAGGAUUAACUUAACAGACCUGUAUUAAACAAGUAAAUGCAUGUUGCAAUUUAACAUGCUAAUUUAUACUCUGAUGGAAUUCUACAGUGAUCUUGAAGUAACUAAAAUUCAGAAACAGAUGAAAAAAACAUCAAUAAAUCCUACUCUAAUAUGAUUUCUUGAAAGGGUUAUACCUGUAUUUAUUUGAAUAUGUACUAUUUUUUUAAUGUUGAAUUCUUCUGAAUGUUCUUUUCCAGUUUCUGUAUGCUGUGCUUGUACAUGGAUGUGACAACAGAGACAUGAAGAUUGCAUGAGAAUUGGUGAUAUUUGUAAGCCUUUAGAGAGAAUAUCAAGUCAAUUGCAGCUCAGCUAUGAAUCUGUACACAAGUGCAUCAGUAACACUGCUCUUCAGCUCCGCAGAUGCCUUCUUUGGCUUUGUGUUCUAUCUCCAUUGGAACGACUUUGCGUUGUUUGGAAAGGAUGUAUUCAAUUAUGACUUCACACACGCAACAUUCGAAUUAUGGCUGUUCUCAAUUUUGAGAGUGGUGAUACUAGUAGGAGCCACUUUAGGGAUCACCCAGAAUCCAAAAGAUGGUGUGAAAGGCAUCAAGAGAGCAAGGUAUCCUGUUGGUUUGAUGAACAUCGUCAUGAUCCUCUAUGCCAUGGCAAAAAUUAUGCUAUACACAGAAUACAUAGAUGGUAACCAUGAUGAUGACCCGUGGUUUUUAACCCUGGGUAUAUGGACUAUGGUUGCCUCUCUUAGCAUGUAUGGCCUGUGGGUAUAUAUUCUACAAGAGGCAAGACCCUCAAAGGAAAGUACAUUGCACCUGGAUGAUGAUGCUCGUGGGUUAAUCAAUCAAGAAGAAAUAAAUGAGAGGAGUUGCAGUAGUGGAAGCGACACUAGUAGUGACAAUGAAAGUAAUGACAGCUCUGGAGAUGAUGACCAGGAUGGCGAUGAUGAUAUAAAUAAAGCAAAGAAAAAAAAGGAAUCAGUCAAGUGGUAUUCUUCAUUCUUUAGACUCUUGGCAUAUUCAAAAGCUGAUUGGCCCUUCUUGCUGGUUGGCUUCAUUGCCCUUAUGUGUGCUGCAGGAGGUGAAGUAUUCAUGCCAUUGUUAACGGGUCAGGUUCUGGAUGGUGUGGUUUUAGAGUCUGAAAAAGCCAAGUUUAAAAAUGGUAUCAUAUUGAUGACUUUUAUAUCACUAGGAAUUGGUGUAGCUAACGGAGUACGAGGUGGGUCCUUAAGCAUGGCAAUGGCAAGGCUCAACCAACGUAUCACCAAUCAUCUUUUUGAGUCCAUUUUAAAACAAGAACUAGGCUUCUUCGACAAGACCAGGACUGGUGCUAUAACAUCUCGUCUCACGUCUGACACAGCAACAUUGAGUAGCACUCUCAGCCAUAACCUGAAUAUCUGUCUUCGUAGUAUCUUACAAGUUAUUGGUUAUGUCAUCUUUAUGGUGAUCAUCUCAUGGAGGCUUACAUUCAUCACACUCAUUUCUUUCCCUCUUAUUGCUGUCAUCACUGAUGUCUUUGGAAGUUAUUAUGAGAAAUUGUCUAGGAAAGUUCAAACUUCUCUGGCCAAUGCCAACAUUGUGGCUGAAGAGACCAUAUCUAGCAUGAAGACGGUGCGUAGCUUUGCAAAUGAAGAAGGAGAGAGGAAGAGCUACUGGAAUAAGCUCCGCAUCACCUAUCUUCUUCGCAAGAAAGAGGCAGUAGCUUAUGGCCUCUUCACAGUCAUCAGUUCAGUAUGUGAACUGAUGAUGUUUGUAGUUACACUCUUCUAUGGAGGCCAUCUUGUUGUGCAGAACAUGCUUAGUGGUGGGAUGCUGCUUUCUUUUAUUCUUUAUCAAUUGGAACUUGAAGGAUGCAUUGAGGACUUGGCUGAUGUUUAUACUGAGCUCAUGAGGGCUGCAGGUGCUUCAAGGAAAGUCUUUCAAUUAAUUGACAGAAAGCCAACCUUUAUGAAUGAAGGAAGGCUAGCACCUUGGCAGUUUGAAGGUCGGUUGGAGUUUAAGAAUGUGAGCUUUGCCUAUCCCACCAGACCGUCUAUUCCUGUCCUCAAGGAUGUAAGUUUCACAGCAUCACCUGGUGAAGUACUUGCCCUCGUUGGUCCCAGCGGUGGAGGCAAAAGCUCCUGCAUUAGUCUCAUAGAACACUUCUAUGAGCCAUUAUCAGGAGAAGUGCUGAUAGAUGGGAGAAACGUCAAGGAAUAUGAUCAUGCAUUCCUCCAUCAGAAGAUUGCACUGGUUGGUCAGGAGCCAGUCCUGUAUGCCAGAUCCAUCCAUGAUAACAUCUCGUAUAGUCUUCAGGAUUGCUCUACUGAACGUAUAGAGAGUGCUGCCAAGCAAGCUAACGCACACAAUUUCAUCCUUCGUCUCAGAAAGGGGUAUAAGACAGAGACAGGAGAAAAGGGACUUCAGUUAUCAGGUGGUCAGAAGCAGAGAGUGGCUAUAGCUAGAGCGUUGGUAAGGAACCCUCAGAUGUUGCUUCUAGAUGAAGCUACCAGUGCUCUUGAUGCAGAAAGUGAGCAUUUGGUUCAACAAGCUCUUAUAAAGAACUUUGGCACACGCACUGUGGUCAUUGUAGCCCAUCGCCUAAGCACUAUUGAGAAAGCAGAUCGCAUCGUGGUCAUUGAUCAGGGGACAGUUGUUGAACAGGGUAGGCACCAGGAACUCAUCAAAUCUAAUGGCCUCUAUGCCAGACUGGUACAACGCCAGCUCUUAGGACAUGAUUCCAAUGAUGACCAGGAUGACGAGGAGAGGUUAUUUGAAAGAAGAAACCCUUCAACAAGGAGGAAGGACUCUAGUGCAUCAUCAAAUUCAAGUAAUGAUGGUGGAAAUGAUACAUCAGAUUAACCUACAAGUUACCUCUCCCAUGAAAGCUUUGGUAAAGGGCUACUUAUGUGCAUUAUAUCAACUAACAUUCCAAUCUUAUAAAGUAAUGGCUGUAUUUUUUCAUUUUUUGAUUCUGUCUGAAAAUUUGAAUUUUUGAAUAUCUAGCACCCUGUCUGAAAUGUUUUAUUGUUUUUGAAAAACAAAUUUAGUGAUUCAAUAUCAGGAGGCAACAAAUACAAAGAUUAUUUUCUACAAAAUUUUGACCAAUCCAUGCUUAAGGAGUUAUUUUUAUACUAAAUGCAGAUAUUUUUAUUUUGGUUAGACACCAUAUAGAAAAUCAUGAAAACUAUCCUAUUUGACACUUUUAUUUCAUUUCCUCAAUAUCUUAAAUAUUUUAGAUGCAUUUGUGUAUUCCAGAAAUGAAUUGGAAUAGUCAGUGAUAUCCAAUUUUGAAGGAUUUACUGAAUCAUAAAAUUGACUUAAAUGGAAAUUUGUUUAAUAAUUUAUUAGGUACUUUUCAAAAUGUAUUCAAAUCUUAGGUAGUUGCCUGUUUUGCCCUCCUAUCAAGGGAUAUUUGAAUAAGAUAUAAUACACUGUAUAUAAAAUAUUGCU